CGAGAAUCAACCAUAAUGCCACCGCUCAGAGUCCUCGUGGUGGGCGCAUCAAUUGCCGGCCCAACAGCAGCCUACUGGUUCGCCCGAGCCGGAGCCAAAGUCACCGUCAUCGAGCGCUUCCCCCACCUGCGCACCAACGGACAGAACAUCGACAUCCGAACCGUUGGCGUUACAGUAAUGCGCAAAAUGCCCGGCAUGGAGGAGGCUGUGCGGGCAAAGACCAUCCCGCUGAAAUGCAUCGCUGCCGUCCGGUCUGAUGGCCGCCCGUUCGGCGUCAUCUCCACCACCGGAAAUCCUGAUCAGCAGUCCCUCGUCUCCGAAUUCGAGAUCUAUCGUGGGGACUUGUCCCAGAUACUGUACGAUCGGACUCAUGCCCAUCCGAACAUAACCUAUAUCUUUGGCGAGCAGGUCGCAUCCAUUCAGCAGCAUGAUCAGGCUGAUGGACCUGUCAAGGUCGAAUUUGCCAGUGGCUCUCCCACCAUGGAGUUCGAUCUCGUUGUGUCCUGCGAUGGAGCUACGUCAAGAACUCGGGCGAUUGGACUCGGGGUUGGGAUGCGGGACUACCUCGAACCGACUGGCACUUGGGCGGCAUUUUUCUCUGCCAAGCAGGAUCUCCUCGAUGGAAACAACAAAAUGGGUAAAGCAUACAAUGCUGUCGGCGGUCGUAUAAUUGCUGCUGGCCCUGACCCUUCAGGCGUGAGUCGGGUUGUCUUGAUGAAGCGCUAUGCGCAAAAGGACAGCAGUGCCACGCAGCCCUUCCGAGACGCGAUGAACCAGGGGGGUGAUGCUCUCAGGCAGUUCGUCGCGCAGACCUAUCGUGGGGCGGGCUGGAAGUGCGACGAGGUGAUCAAGGACAUGAUGGAGGCAGAGGACUUCUAUGCCAGCGAGAUCGUGCACGUCAAGGUCCCGCGCCUAUCGAAGGGGCGGUUUGUGCUGGUCGGGGAUGCGGGAUAUGCCGCUUCGACGGGCACCGGAACGAGUCUCGCCAUGGCUGGUGCGUAUGUGCUGGCCGGGGAGGUCUGCAAACACAAAGGCGAUCUGGCGGGUGCUCUUCAAGGCUAUGAGGAUGUGAUGCGACCUCUCAUCGAUGAUAUGCAGAAGGUUCCUCCACUCCUGCCGGUCUUCUUCACGCCGCAGACGGCUUGGGGUUUAUGGCUUCGAAACAUGGUCUUUGCUUUUGUCUGUUGGAGCGGGAUCUUGAGCCUCACGCAAAAGUUCUUUAGUGGAGCCUUUGCCGGUACUGAGAGAUAUCAAUUGCCGCAGUAUGAGUGGCAGGAAUAG